AUGUUUCGGUACCAGACACUCGUCACACAUCCCGCCCGACGUCAACUUUCUACGCUUGCCAAGGCUGCCUUGAUUGUUACAGGAGUCCCACUAGGCUUGUAUGCCUACAAAUGUCUUGUGAUGGUGGCGUUUCAGAACAAGCUCAUCUACAUGGGCUACAUUCCGUACGGCUCUCGACACCAACCAUAUGUUCCCGUAAUCUCACAAAACUUUCAUGUACGCGAACAAGAAAUUGUAACACCAGACAAGAAGAAAUUAAGAGGGUUUAUUGUCCAAAGAACACCACACGCCAAAGGGCCCGUGUUGGUAUAUUUCCAGGGCAAUGCCGGCAAUAUGAUCGACCGCUUUGAUUUAUUUAAAGUCAUUCUUGACGCUGUUCCUGACUUGACCAUUGUAGGGAUAUCCUAUCGAGGAUUUGGGAGCAGUGAAGGGUCAGCUACUGAAAAAGGUUUAAUGAUUGAUAGCAAAGCUAUUCUCGAUCACACACUUUCUCUUUUUCCAGACCAGUCUGUUUACCUUUACGGACACAGUCUAGGAGGCAGUGUAGCUAUUGGCCUCGCUGCUCAAAUUGAGAAGACCGCAACACAAUCAUCGUCACAUUCACAUGUUUGCGGGCUAAUCAUCGAAAAUACUUACACAAGUAUCAAGGACAUGGUCCAAGCACUCUAUCCGCGCUACUCACCAUACCCUUACCUAGCCAAAAAGUUCCUGUGGAAUCAUUGGCCUAGUAAAGAUACCAUCCGAGACAUCAAAUCACCCAUACUUUUUCUAUCGUCAGACAACGAUGAAAUUGUCCCAGUCGAACACAUGCACGCGUUGGCUAAAGAAGCGACUGCACCAUCUACUUUUCUACGUUUCAAGAGAGCACUUCAUAUGGACAUAUAUAGUACUGAGCCGGCUGCUUACAAAGCAGCACUGAGAGAUUUUAUUGCUACUAAUGAUAUCUAUAAAGACGAGCCAAUUCAAAUAAAACGGUGA